AGGCCGCCGCACUCCAUGCUGUCAAAAACAGAAUCCAUACGGGAACCGCAGGUCAGCCGUGGUGGGACGACCAAGUCUUUUUCCGGGGUCCCUGUCUCUGCUGCAGGCCCCUUUAACCCAGGGAGCCUGAAUCGUGGGAUCGAUACCUGUGCCAUGAUGGAGAGGAAGCGGACGGACUGUCCCGCUCUGCCGCCCGGCUGGAAGAAAGAAGAAGUGAUCAGGAAGUCCGGACUGAGCGCCGGAAAGAGCGACGUCUACUACUACAGUCCUACAGGGAAGAAGUUCCGGAGUAAGCCCCAGCUGUCCCGUUACCUCGGAAAUACAGUGGACCUGGCAUGUUUUGACUUUCGCACGGGCAAGAUGAUGCCCGGAAAACUGCAGAAGAACAAACAGAGAUUCCGACACGACCCGCUGAGCAUGGCCAAGGGAGGGAAACCAGACCUGAACACAGCCCUGCCCAUCAGACAGACGGCGUCCAUCUUUAAACAGCCCGUUACCAAGGUUACAAGUCACCCCGGAAACAAGGUGAAGACAGACCUGCAGAGAGCGAUCGAACAGCCCAAACAGCUGUUUUGGGAGAAGAGGUUGAAAGGUCUCCGGUCAUCAGAUGUCACAGAGCAGGUCCUGCGCACCAUGGACCUGCCCAAAGGACUGCAGAGCGUCGGUCCAGACGCGAGCGACGACACUCUGCUGUCGGCCAUCGCCAGCGCUCUGCACAUGAGCUCCGCUCCGAUCACGGGACAGACGUCCGUGGCUGCCGAGAAGAACCCGGCGAUCUGGCUCAACACGUCGCAGCCGCUCUGCAAGGCCUUCACCGUCACCGACGAGCACAUCCGGGAGCAGGAAAUGAAAGUGUACCAGGCCAGGAGGAGUCUGGAGGAAGCGCUGAUGGCCGACGGUUUGGCGCGGGCUGCUGAAAACACCCGAGAGCUGCUCGAGGGGAAGAAGGCCUGAAGACAGACAGAGUUCCUCUGUUCACCAGUCUCAGGGUUAUCUUCAUCUUCAUCUUCAUCUAAAUGCAUUCAGCGAACCAAAAACCUCCCACAGACCCAAACAGACCCCCCCGCUCCGAUCUGUUGUUUCUGUGGACGAUUCCCUCAAACUUCCUCUUCAGGACUUUUUUUUUUUUUAACUGGACAUUUGUAAACAUCUGGAAGCAGUGAUUUUUUUACCUUUUUUCCAGAUUCCCAGCAGCAGCAGCAGUGAAAGCAAUAAUCCCAACAAUACCAGCAACAGAUCCUUCAGCCUCGGAGGCCACAGCAGCAAUAAGUGGAGUCUGAAGCCUUUAAAUCCUCUCUGUGCAAACUUUACAACAUGCAUUUAUCUGAUCACAGUUUCUCUUUUUAUUAUGAAGCAGAUGAAAUAAUAAUAAAACCAGAGAUUGUCCUUCAGAACUCCCUCACAAAGACCCAAAGUCAGGCUGCAAACUGCUGGACGGCUUCUGCUGACUCUAACUUUGAUUUUUCGCUCUGAUGAUUUUGGUUGUUUUGUGGUGUCAUAUGUCAGCUUCAGGGGUUUUAAUUAAUUAAUGAGAAUUUACAUGAAUAUGAAAUAGAACAAUUGCUUAUUUAAAGACAAAUUUUAUACCUUCUGAGAACGUAUGUGUACAUUUCCUGUACUGGAAUAAAUGAUUAUAUUCGCA